GCGCGCGGCUUCAGAAUUUUAUUCUCUUGUUUUGUUCUCCGCACUGAAACGUCAAAUUCAGACCAGACCAUUCAGUGAUAUUUGUCACCGAAAGGACCAAAACAAACAGUUCCGCGACAUUCUCGUGUUUAUCAGUGAAAAACGCAGUUUUAUGAAAAGGAACCAAAUUUAUGAAAACUCAAGAUGCCGCUUCACCGAUACACGCAUGCUGUGCUCUGUAGAAUCCCGCUUUCGUUGGGAACGAAAGGCGAGGUCAAUGUAGACGAAGCUCGUUUACAACAUUCUGCUUUAGCCGAACUUCUCCGCGAAUUUGGAAUCGAUGUCGUCGAAAUGCCGCCUGAUGAAGUUUCGCCACUUUGCGUUUUCGUGGAAGACAUCGCCGUUGUUUGUAACGGUAUCGCACUCAUCGCUCGGCCUGACGAACCGUCUCGCAUCAAAGAGAUCGAUUGCAUAAAAGCAGUUUUAAAAAAAGAACUGGAAAUUCCCCUAGUAGAAAUAGCUGAUAAAGGUGCAAGGCUCGAUGGGGGCGAUGUUCUUUUCACAGGUCGUGAAUUUUUUGUUGGAUUGUCCAAGCACACAAACGAGGCGGGAGCACGUGGAGUUGCUGCCGCCUUCCCGGAAUACCCUUGCGUGCCAAUUAAGGUCGCUGAAACAAAACGUUUGAAAGCCCUAGUUUCGAUGGCAGGACCGGAUGUUAUUUGUGUCGGUGCUGGAAAAGAGGCUCAGGAAGUUUUGAAGAGAAUCGAGAGAGAAGCGACCUACAAUUACCAAACCCUCACAGUUCCAGAAGAUGCGGCAGCAAAUGUGCUUUACGUGAACGGAACUCUGAUACAUCGAUCAGAAGAAGAAAUUCCCGAAUCGAGUAAAGUGUUUGCAGAGAGGGUGGAAUUUCCCACAAGGCCACUCAAAAUUUCCGAGUUGGCCAAAGUCAGUUCUGGACUGUCUUCCUGUUGUUUAUUAGUCCGUAGACCCCGUCACAUUCGCAGCAUUUAAAUUCGAAAUUUAAAUCUUUCCUCAAGCAAACAAGACAGCAAAAGAGCUACUGUGAAUUUCAAUGCAUGUUCUCGGCAAUUCCAAAUGAAUCUGCGAGGCAGAAGAUAACAACGUUACCGACAAGUACUCCUUUAGGAUGAUUUCAAUUUUGAAAUCGGCACUUUCCUUUCGAAAGAUUUCGCACAUCGCUGAAACACACAAAAAGGUGGCACAAAAUGUGAGAGAACGAAACGACUGAAGUAUUAAAAAUCGAGAAGUUUAAUAUAUUUAUUAAUAUAUCGACCAGAUACCGAGAUGAAUAUUGAAUAAUAUAUAUGGAAAACCUUUGACAAGAAUUACUGACGACUAGCUGCUUACUCUUGGACUCUCAAGACAAUUGAUUUACUGGCAGGAUUUUUUUAUUUAUUUUGCCAAGGUUCUUUAACAGCUUCGAUUUCUUGAAAAGAGAUACGGAAUACUUGAGCCCUUAUGUACAACAAUUGCAAUAAUUCAAUGACUAGUUGAUAUAAUCAAACGGAUAUAGAAAAUAGUAUUCACGUUAGGGGCUGUCCAUAAAUUACACAGGCCAACAAUUCUCAGAACCAGAGACCAGACCUACUAUACCCGAAGGUUUUUGCUGCGCUGAAUCCGAAUCUGAC